AUGAUGAACACACUCGCAAACCAUGGUUUCAUCCCCCGCAACGGCGAUAACAUCACAAAGCAAAACGCCAUCCGAGGUCUACAAGAGUCUCUCAACUUCGACGCUGCAUUGGCAGGAUUAAUGUGGGAGCAAGCCAUCAUCGCCAAUCCUGAGCCCAAUGCUACAUUCUUCACUUUGUAUGGUUUUUGGCUCUCCACUUUUCUUGGUCAGUGGGAUGAUGGUCCUGAUACGACGAUAGANCAGCAACUUAAUCGCCACAAUAUCCUCGAACACGAUGCAAGUCUCAGCCGUAUGGAUGCCUACUAUAGCAACAAUCAUAUCUUUGAUCCUGGAGUGUUUGCCACUACAACACGCUACUGGACCAACAAAACACUGACAGCNAAAAGGCUUGCAAACAGCAAACUAGCAAGGACNAUAAGAGAGAGCAGAGCUUUCAACCCUAGCUACUCGUUUGCAGAAACUAAUGAGCAGUUUAGUCUUGGCGAGGUUGCUGCUCCGGUCAUUGCGUUUGGGGAUGUUGCUAAGGUGACUGUGGAAAGAGAGCUGGUGGUGUACUUUUUCGGUGAGUACGAUUGUGUGAAAAGGAGAAAGGCUGACAUGUAUCCAGAACAUGAGCGUUUGCCGUUCGAGUUGGCAUGGCUGAGGAAGAAUGAGGCGGUGACACUCAAGCGUAUCUUGAAGGCUGUUAACUCAAUCAGGAGUGCCACCGAUUUGCCGACUAGUGAGACAUCCUCGGUACAGAGUACUUCUGAAAGCAUCCAGAUCGCUGAUGACAAUCUGCAUAUGCCAACGAAGUUGUAG